GCUAAUUCCGACAACAGUGUUCUUGCGUCCGCGAUCCGCAUCAAACGCAUUCGCGCGUGUGCCGUCGCGACGAACGCACGCGUUGCAUUAUAGUGACUCGAAGUGGCUGUAAGCCAAAAAUAGUGUAUUUUCGGAUCUUGUAAAAUUAACAAUGAAUUCCGGGUGGCUAGCGUGGGAAUGCAUAGUGUUCGGCAUAUUCGUAUGCGCGUCCUCAUGCGCUCCCCUCUGGCGGCGAAGGAAAGACGCGAACGCAGCCGGGGGCAGCGCUAAGCAAGCGUAUAUCUUCGCUGGAGGCGGCGUAUCUACCCUGGCUAUGAUAUUGUCCGUAGCUAGGGGUACUUUGGGAGUCAGAUCUUUUCUAGGUUUCCCAUCAGAGCUGGUCUACUACGGGUCUGCGAUGUGGGAGACGCUGUACGGCAUUAUAAUCGCCUUCCCUCUAGUCUGCUGGAUCUUCGUGCCUGUGUACUACAGGCUUCAUACUAACUCCGUGUAUGAGUAUUUGCAGAUGCGCUUCGGAUCCAGAUGGGUGCGUCGUAUGGCUGCAGCGACCUUCCUUCUCCGUCAAGUCCUGAACUUAUCAGUGACUGUUUAUACGCCAACUGUGGCCCUUCAUGCUGUACUGGCAUUACCCCAUUGGGCAUCAGCUGCAGCGUUAACUAUAGUAGGGAUCGUGUUCAAUCUGCUUGGAGGAUUGGCUGCGGCAAUCAGGGCUGAUGUGAUUCAAACUCUAACUAUGAUAAUAGUGAGCGGAGCCUUCAUAAUACAGGCUACUAUCACGGCGGGUGGACCACAUAAGGUUGUCAACGACAAUAUUGAAGGAGGAAGGAUGAAAUUCUUUCAAUUCACCGGAGACCCAACAGUUCGCGUCGACACCCUCUCUGCAAUAAUUGGGCAGCUCUUCAUGUCUCUCUCCAUCUACGGCUGUCAACAGACCUUUGUCCAACGAUACUGUUCCAUGUCCAGUGAGGCUCGAGUCAGAAGGACUCUCCUCUCCAACGUACCCGCCGUAGCUGUUCUCUUCAGCUUAUCUUGGGUCGUCGGCAUGACGUUAUAUGCCAUGUAUCAGUACUGCGAUCCUUUGGCCUCUCAUCGGAUCGCUGCUCCCGAUGAAGUUUUGCCAUUUUAUGUACAAGAUCAGUUCAGUUUCUUGCCUGGGAUGCUAGGACUGUUUUUGGGAAGUCUCUUUAAUGGUGCUUUGAGUUUCCUGGUUUCUAAUGUGAACUCUCUAUCGACGGUGACUUGGGAAGACUUCGUCUCCUUCGCCCCAGCCUUCAAGGGCAUCAGUGAUAAGCAACAGCUGACUGUCAUCAAGAUUAUUGGUGUUAUUUAUGCAAUCAUCAUAAUGUGCCUAUCACUCUGCGUGGGGAUUGUAGGGGGCGUUGUCGAAGGGUCCUUACUAGUAACCUCAGCAACAUCAGGAGCUUUACUAGGAGUCUUCAUAUUAGCAGCUCUCUGUCCUCUAGCCAAUGGGAAGGGGGCGUUAUGGGGCAUGAUCGCAUCUCAUGUGGUGACCACAUGGAUGGCGGCUGGGAGGCUGUUGUAUGUGAAUAAAGGAGUUGCUAUGCUGCCUAUGUCUACUGAGCAAUGUCCAAACGGAACACUAUCAACGUUCAAGCACCCACCGCUACCAGUAGAAGUGAACCAAACAUUGACCCACCUUGCGCCACUGCUGCAAACCCUUAACUUCACUAAUCCUACACCUACGGAGUCUCCUGUAAUGUUCGAACUUCAUAGAUUCUACUCCAUAUCUUAUAUGUGGUAUGCCGUCAUCGGGACCAUCAUUUGCGUAACCCUCGGCAACAUUAUAGGCAUCAUCACAGGCAGUAAGAGUGAUGCCUUCGAUGAACGAUUACUACAUCCCCUAGUUGUCAAAAUCGCCAAAAAACUACCAGGACCGAAAAGAUUUUACAGUACAGAGAAACCUCAGGUUACAGAAGAAAAAGAAGCUGAGAAUGAAAAAGAAUCUUCUGAGAAGACAGAAGAAACAGUUACGGAUACAACGCCUAAUGAGACUUUAGAACCGAAGCAAGCAGUGUUUUGUACGACUGGUAGUCGACUGUUUGACGUGUAUGACGUAAGAAGGUCGCCGACACCAUCGCUUGUGAGAACUCGGUUGUGAUCUUAGUUAAGUUUAAACGUAGUUUUAAUUAAAACCGAUAAGGAGGACUAUAUAGUUUUAAGUGCACAAGAGUGCCAUUUUAGUGUAACCUUUGAUUAUGCUGCAAUUUUAUGAAGCAGUCAAUUGUUAUAAGAAUGCCUGAUUAUGACUAUGUAUGAGAUAUAUGUAGAUGAUUUUUAUAUGGUUGAAGAUCGUACUUGUAUUGUUGAAAUUGACCCAUAAAGUGCGUGCAAUAAAAAUACAAAUGUGAAAAUGCGAUGCGGAUCAAACUAAACAAAAAUUUAAAUUAGAUCAAAUAUAUGAAAAAAAAGCAAAAUUUCUUAAUGACAUUGAGAAAACCAGACGAUACAUUUGUUAUCAGUCACAAAAUAUCUUCAAUUAUUUUGAUCUACGAUUGGCAGAUUUGAAAGGAAAAAAAUAUUAAUAUUGAACGGGAAUACAGGGCGUAGGCUUUAGGCAUUUAAUUGUAUAAUGUCAAAUUAUUUAGAUAUGUUUUUAUUUCUUUAGUUUUGACGUUGAUUUUUGCAGUCAUAAUUUAUUAUUCCAAAAUUAUUUCUUUUUAAAAUUGUAAAACAUAUCUAAAUAAUUUAUUUUGGUGUUAGAUAAAGUCGUAAUGGAUGGUUUUAAGCUCGACUAUAUUUUUAUGAUAUAGUACUUAAAAUAUGAUUAGUAUUAAUUUGUGAGAUUGUUUCUGUAACUGUAUAUCUCUGUUAAAACACAUAUUAUGCCUACGUAUCAUUAGCAGAACAUUUCUGUCAUUUAUUCUAACUUGCCUCUAUGUUUAUUGUAAUUAUUUAAUACUGGUAGAUUUUAUUUUGUUAUAAUUUUGAAAACCUAGAGAAAGUUUAUAAUUUUUUAACGAUUAUAAUAAGACGUGCCUUGUAAAGUUUCUGCAAUAUGAAUCAGAGUUUAAUGAUAAUAAUAUCUAAAAGAUCCAAAUAAAUGAAAUGAAACAUCUUAUGUUAAAAGUUUCAAUUAAUUUAAAAGAGACGAGAUAUUUGUAAGACUGUAGAAAAAUAUAAUUUAUUUUAAUGAUAAUAGCAUUUAGUGAAAUACAAUCAUGUUAUUUUUUGUAUUUAGGUUUAUAACUUAAACAAAUUAAUAACAAAAAGUGAAAUAUGAAUCUAUUGUAUUUUAUUAAAUGUGAAAUAUGUAAUUGUCCUAUUAACGAAUUUUAUCCAUGUGAUAAUAGCAAGUAUUACUGUAAAUAUGAAUUAAAUUAGUUAUAAAAAGUUAAUGUUAUUAUAAAGUGUCGUAAGAGUGCGUAAAUUAAUAAAUAUUCUAAAAUAAGCAUGUUAUUGUUGAUUAUUAUUCUAGUUUUUACAUUAUAAUCGUGUUUAUUUUGUUACUGUACUUAAGUUUAUUUUUGUAUUCGACAUCUGUACAAAUAAUUAAUCUCAUUAAUGAAAAAAAAUCCCGUAAUGUUAGUUUUUCGUCUUUUUCUUUAGUUUUUUUUUGUUUAAUGUAGCUCCUAUUAAUGUUCUUAAAUCUGCGUGCAAAUUAUUGUGAUAGAGUAAUGGAUAUUCGUUAUGAAAAAUAUUAAAAAUACCUAUGGUUUUAAUUUUGUUCGAAUUGAGUUAUAAUUUAAAUAAUAGAUAUUAAUACUAUCGUGAUGUUUGACAGUAUUAUGAUAUUUUUGUAAAAUAUUGUGACGUGGACUGCGUAAAAUUAGUAAUUUAAGAAAUCGCCGAAUAUAAACAUGAAAAAUAUAAAAAUAUGAAAUAGA